AUGUCUUCCCCUCUUUCCAAGGAACUGAGACAGAAAUACAAUGUUCAGUCCAUGCCUAUCCGCAAGGAUGAUAAAGUUCAGGUUGUGCGAGGACACUACAAAGGUCAGCAGAUUGGCAAAGUGGUCCAGGUUUACAGGAAGAAAUACUUCAUCUACAUUGAGCGGGUACAGCGAGAUAAAGCGAACCACACCACCGUCCAUGUGGGCAUUUACCCCAGCUGGGUGAUUAUUAUGAGGUUAAAACUGGACAAAGACCGCAAAAAGAUCCUGGAACAGAAAGCCAAAUCUUGA